AGGCUAGGUUCCCUUCAGCUCUCUCGAGCCGAGAGCAAGGGAGCGAGCAAGCAAACGAGCGCGCCCAGAAAGACUGGGGAGACUAGGGACCAGGCGUUGCUAAGAGAGCUCUGUAGCCAAGGCGGCGGGCGGCGCACGUGACGGCGGUUGCCAGGGUGAAAGGUCAAUGCCCCCCCCACGGGAGCGUCCAAGAUGGCGGCGGCGGGGCGCUGGGGCUGGGGCUGGGGCUCGGGCGGAGGGCCCCGCAGGUGGUCGCGACCGCCGCAGCUCUGGAUACUACUGUUCGCCUUGGUGGGGUCCGGGGUCGGAGCUGCCGGGGCCCGGCUAUACAGCGCCAGCGGCGCGGACGCUGUGUGGGCGUUGGACGCCGGGAGCGUGCGCGCGGCCACGGGCAACAGCUCGGCCGCGUGGCUGGUGCAGUUUUACUCUUCGUGGUGCGGUCACUGCAUCCACUAUGCGCCCGUGUGGCGGGCCCUGGCGCGCGACGUGCGAGACUGGGCUCCUGCCAUUAGAGUUGCUGUCUUGGAUUGUGCUGCAGAAGAAAACUACGAUACCUGCAGAGACUAUGGUAUUCAUUUUUACCCAACUUUUAGGUAUUUUAAAGCAUUUACAAAAGAGUUCACAACUGGAGAAAAUUACAAAGCAGGAAUUGAUAGAGAACCACAGACAGUAAGGCAAACAAUGAUUGAUUUCCUUCAGAAUCAUACCCAAGGAAACAGACCUCCUGCUUGUCCAUCUUUGGAUCCUGUUAUAUCCAGUGACAUUUCUCCUCUCUUGGAAAACAGUCGUGGUCAUUACAUUGCUAUUUUAUUUGAAAGCAAUAACUCGUAUGUCGGACGAGAGGUGAUGUUAGACUUGAUUCAAUACAAAAACAUUGUGGUAAAAAGAGCACUGAAUUCUGAUAAAGCAUUUCUCAAGAAACUUGGGGUUACUUCAGUCCCUUCAUGUUACCUUAUUUAUCCAAAUGGAUCUCAUGGAUUAAUUAACAUUUUAAAGCCUCUUCGUUCUUUCUUCUCUUCCUAUUUAAAGUCAUUACCUGGCGUGAGAAAAAAAAUGCUUUCGCCGUUUCCAUUUACAGUCAAACCAAACAAAGAUGACAAUUCUGAGAUCACAGUCUGGAGAGAAUUUGAUGAGUCAAAACUUUACAUGGCUGAUCUUGAGUCAGGCUUGCAUUAUCUCCUUCGAGUGGAGCUUGCUGCUCAUAAGACACUGGAGGGAGCUGAGCUGAAGACCUUCAGGAAUUUUAUUACAGUCAUUGCAAAGCUAUUUCCUGGUCGCCCACCUGUGGUAAAAUUAUUGGAAACUUUACAGGAGUGGUUGGUCAGCCUUCCUCUGGACAAAAUCCCUUACAAUGCAAUCUUGGACCUGGUCAAUAACAAAAUGAGGAUUUCUGGAAUAUUUCUAAGUAAUCAUGUUAAGUGGGUUGGAUGCCAAGGAAGCAGACCAGAGUUAAGGGGUUAUACUUGUUCUCUUUGGAAACUUUUUCAUACUUUAACCGUUCAGGCUGUCAUUCGUCCAAAAGCUCUGGCCAACACAGGUUUUGAAGAUAAUCCCCAAGUAGUUUUGCAGAUUAUGAGACAGUACCUUGAGACAUUUUUUGGAUGUAGAGAAUGUGCUCAGCAUUUUGAAGAAAUGGCUAAAGAAUCCAUGGACUCAGUGAAAACCCUGGACCAAGCGGUCCUCUGGCUAUGGAAGACACACAACAUAGUAAAUAACAGACUAGCAGGCCAGCCAAGUGAAGAUCCAAAAUUUCCAAAGGUUCAGUGGCCAACACCAGAUCUCUGCCCAGGUUGCCAUGAGGAAGUUAAGGGCCUGGACAGCUGGAAUGAAGUACAAGUUCUAAUGUUCUUGAAGCAUCAUUAUGGCAUCGAAAAUAUUUUAAAUAAGUAUACUGAAGACCAGGAUGAGCCUAAUGGAAUAGUAGUAGAGACCAAACAGGAAUCUCAAGGAGAUAUUGUCCUGAAGAAAAAAAAUGGAGAACAAGAGUUGAACCUGGAUUUGUCAGAUAUUUUGGAUCCCAAAUCUCAUAUUUUAGAUAAAUUAAAUAAUAGACCCGACAGAGAUAAAAUUGAACAUCCAUAUGAAUCUAAGAUUCAUAAAGAGAACAAGCAGUCUGGAUCUUUCUUAGGGACUGGUUUUUCCAACAUUGACAUGAGCCUUUGUGUUCUAUUAUAUAUUGCAUCAUCUGUCUUUUUAAUGAUAAUGUACUUUUUUUCCCGAAUGAGGUCCAAGUGGUGGAAAGUAAAGUAUUAUCGCUCACCAGUAUAAAACAUUUUUUAAAAAUUAUUAUUAUUAUUGUUGAUAAAUCAGAGACUUAAGUUUCUUUGUAAAUGGCAAAUCAUCAGCACCCGAUGCAGCUUUAAUAUUUAUGAUCAGGGAUUUUCUGCCAUGGUAGAAUUGGGUUUCCAAAUAUAUUUUCCUCAUUCUAUAGCCAAUCACUCAUUAUACAAAUGUCCUGUCUUGCAAAAAAAAAAAAAGUAUUGAACCCUUCUGUGGCAUUACUUGUAUAGUACAUAGCAUUCAAUAUUUGCAUCUUUUAUGGACCUAUAAUAUAAAAAACUAUUCUUCUUUAUUCACUUCCAUAUUUUGGAAAGAAAAAAUUUAAAUAUUAUCCCACACAUUUAAAAUAAGCUUUCUACAUCCUAAGUUUCCUGAACAUUGUCUUUUUGCUGCUCAUUUGCCAAGAUUUUGUAUAUGGAGAAGCACAUAUUGAUAUUUUCAAGGAUAAUAGUUCAAGCAUUUUUUGGUCCAUUUUAUGGUACAGACUGCAUAUUGGUAAGAGAAGGCUGUCAGGGUUAAACAUUCAUCUUUCUGGAUGUUUAAAAUCACCUCUAAGAUGACAGUUCCUUGAAGCACAUUAAGUUUUGGAUAAUUUCAUUAUCCUUUGUGGUUUUUACCUUCUGGACUGUUCCCACAUAAACUAAAGAGAACACUCACUAGAGAUAGAGCAUAAAACCUGAAAAACGAACAAGAUCAUGUUUGAAUUAUAGUAGUGAUUCCACUGAGCCGGUGACUCUUGGGAAAGUAGAAGAGUCCUCAUUAUUCCCAUGCUUUGAAGAUUGCAGAUAGUAAUUUGGUCUGAAAGUUAUUGAGUUGGAGGUAAAUUUUUUAUUUAAAUAAAUUUCAAGUAAAAACACAAAUAACACAUUUGUUUUGUGAACGAGCAGAACCCCUCCUCACUUCAUUCUUUGAGUUUAAAUUAUUUGGAUUCAGAAGAAAUAGAUCUUCAAAGGUGUGAUUCUGGGUGGGUGUUUUUUUUUUUUUCCAACCUGUUCAUAAGAAAUAUGUGAGCAAGUGAAUGCUUUUAAGGUCUCUCCAUCCUGUGAUUAUCUGCGAGUGGAUUCUGUCUUGCCUGGAUUCUGCUCAUGUUCAGUAAUAAUGUUAAUGGAAUAAAGAGUUAUUAUUACAGUGUCACUGUGAUUUGGACCAUUGCGGUAUUUCUGUUACAGACUCAGUAUAGAGCCAGGCUACUUGACAGAAGUGUACUUUAAAAUCGAAGUUAGAAGACCAGGUCUUUGCCAGGGAGAUGGAAAAGUAGGCAAGUUGCCGUAUCCAACUUUUAAUAAUUAAAUUAAGGAAUCUACUUAAGUUUAUGCCAGCAUUAAAUGAUUAAUUUAGCUUUUAUGAGAUGUUACUUUUAUUGUCAAACAUCUUAUGAAGCACUGUGAUGACCUUUCACUUAUUUGGAGAAUUUUCUUGUUUUAUCAUUGUAGAUGUAAAGUGCUGAAAUAUUGCAAAAGAGUAAAUGAAUUUCUAGAAAGGGACUAUUCCUCUAGUGGGGAGGAGUGGGAACCCAUUUGAUUAUUACUGAUUUUGGCUAAAAGGCCAAGAAGCAGUCAUUUUAGUAUUAUUUUUUACUUUGAGAACAUAGUGAAAGUAGGGCUGGUAGUUUGGUCUGGAAAGGUGAGAUAUGUUCAUUGAAUCUCAUUGGCUGCCAGUCUUUAGCUGCACUUGAAACAGAUCAGGACAGAGUAACAUUCUUACAGGACACUUUCUACUGCUGGAACUAGAUGGGAAUUCAGGAGGAAACCUAGUUCUGAAACUCAAAAAGCCAGCCAGUCUGUUCUGGAUGCCAGAGAGAAAACUACUAAGGCCUGGAAUCCAAGACUUUUAAACGAUAUAGCCAUUUUGAGCCUGAGGUGAUAACAAAGGAGAGAAUUGGCUCUAUAUAUAUUUAGGAAGCAUGCUAGGCUACUGACCUCAAAAGAGAUAAAUGAGAAAUAGAAAUUAGAAUCUAGAUACAAAAAUGGAAGACCAUCUCUAAGUCAAUAGAAAUAUGACUGCAUUAUCUUGUAUUAUUAUUAUUUUAAUAUAAGCCCUUACCUUCAGUUUUAGAAUAUGUACUUAGUAUUGGUUCUAAGGCAAAAGAGCAGUAAGGGCUAAGCAGUCAGAAUUUAGUGAUUUGCCCAGUGCCAUAUAGCAAGGAAGUGUCUGAGGUCAAAUUUGAACCCAGGGCCUUCCAUCUCCAGGCAUGGCUAUCUAACCACUGAGCCAUCUAGCUAACCCCAUAUUAAUGUCACUUUUUUUUUGGUAGUAAUUUCUAACUUCACCAUUUUCUCACUUUUGAUUAAGGGAAGGAAAGCUUACUAGUAACAAAUGACAGUCAAUUAGGCCAAUAGGGAUUUUUCAAAAUUUAGGAUUGGACUGGUGAUAGUGGAAGAGAAGAAGGAAGAAUACCAUUGGGCAGCGACUUUGGGAUUACAAGGUUAAAAAAACUAGUGAUUCCCUAGUCUCACAGGGACAGUUUUUCUAUCAGCACCUAUCCUGCCAGUGUUCUUAGAGGGAAAAAAAUUCAAAAGCAGAUUAGUACUUUCAGAAGGCACAGAUAAGUCCUUUUUAAAAAGUUUCUAAGAUUCUUUAAACUGGCACAUUAUUAUUAAAAUUCUUGUGUAUUUAAAAGUUUGAGUUUUUUAUUUUUUUAAAUCAAACUCUAUACCAUAUUUUAAGUUUAAUUUUAAGAAAUAUCUGACUUUGUUAACCCCAUCCCAAUAUUUGCCCAAAUUCUGCCUCCCCCCCCUUCCCCCCUUUUGGUACUUUAUUUUAAACAGGAUAUAGCAUUAGGAUUUUGAAAGUAGAGCACAAUGACAUUCUUAAGGGAAACUAGUGUUUUCUCUAAAGUGGAGAACAGGACCCAGAGGAAUGUUUCUGGAGUGGCUUCAGAAGGCCUUUAUAACUUUUGAUUUGUCAUAAAGGCUUAAUCUGGAAACAUAUAUGGAUGGAUUUUUUAAAUGAUUGUGGAAGGCAGUGCUUUGUUUCUCCUUUUUUUUUUUAUGUGACAACUGACUGAAGGAGAACCUUUUGGUGUUUACAAAACAAUUUCAACAUUGAUUUCAUUGUUAAAACUUUAGGGUAAUGAGCAGUGUUUUAGUAAAAAAAAAUAAAAUUCAACAAGAUGUUUGUUUAUUUUUUUUUGCACAAAUAUCACCAAUGUUUUUUCUUUUUUAAAACUAGAUUAGAAAGAUUGUUUGAAAAAGAAAGCAAGUCUAAAAAACAUCACUUCUCUUUUUAGAGGGUAAAACCUGAAUUUCAUCAAUUCCACUAUCAAUGUGGGACUUUGAUCUGAAUUUGAUCUUCUAAUCUUUAUGCCUUUUAUUUUCAUAUUGAAAGUUCCAAAUUGCUGAAACAUGAAAGAGUCAAGUAUUAAAUUUGGGGAGUUAAGGAAUAAAUGAAAAUAAAAUGUACGAAGUCAAAUAUUCUUAAUCAAAAUAUGUUUUCUGGUUCAUGCUUAAAUGCCAUUUCCUUAAAGUAGUUUCUUUUUAAAUUAUAUUAAUUACAUGUGAUUAUAUGUCACCUUAAAACAUGUGGUUUUUUAAGUUAUUUUGCUAAAAGCUCUUAGAAUUCAUAAUGAGCAUUUAAAUUUCAUAGCAUCGUAUUGUAAAGUUACAGUUUUUGGAGGAUAGGUUUGUGUCUUCCUGAAGAGUGAUGACAAAAUAAUUUCAUCACAGAUCUAUAAAUGUGAAAUUCUCAUUCAGGGACAGGUCCAGGGAGCCAAAUUAUUUCUCCUCUCUAAUAUCUGUGGUGGGAGGGGCCUACUGUGCCAAGAGAACCAAAAAUAUUUUUCCAGUUCAUUUUGAACUACAAUUGCCAUUCUACAGAUGAUUCUCAUGUUUGAAAUUGAUAUUAGUAUCUUUUAGAAAUUAAUGAGGUGUAUUUUCUAAGACUGAGCAUAAAAAAUUGUUGAAAACUGAUAAAUAUAUUUCGUUAAUUUAAAUGCUUAUUUAUUUUUUAAUUGAAAGGUUUUUAUGAAAAGCCAAUCAAUAAAGCAUUGAUGUGAUUUCUUCUUUACACAGAAAAGGCCCGUUUUGUAUAGAAUUGGCUAAUUCUACUGUGUACAUUUUUUUAAAUAAAGAAGUCUGACAUUUUA